AGCAGAGCAGCCCGACAGGAGGUGAUGAUCGGAGUGUUUUGACCCGAUGAAGGUGCAGAGCUUCACUGGAAAAGUUGUGUAGAAAGUUCUGGACAAGAGGAGCCUCGCGCCGCCCGAGCCAAUCGGGACAAGCGGAACCAGGUCAGGUAGCCGAAGAGGACCAGAGAGAGAGCAGGCAGGGCAGAACAGCCACGCACGCCACGAGGACAGUGGACUUCCCGGGGCGAUUAUGGCCAAACCUUCGUCCAACGUCAAGGCCCUCCAGGCUAAUUUGAACAUCCCGAUGGGAGCUCUGCGUCCAGGGGCGGGACAUCCUGUCAGGAGGAGAGAGGAGACAGUAGACACAGAAGAGGCCCAUUCCCCGGACCUGCCCUCGGCCACGGCCCAUUCGCCAGAGGAGAAGAAGACGUUGCCGGGCGCGGUGAAACUUCCCGGCCCUGCUGUCAACCUAUCAGAGCUGCAGAACGUCAAGAGCGAACUACGAUGGGUCACCAAGGACUAACAGCACCGCCGCGCCACGUGGAGGGGCGGACAUCUUCACCCUUCGACCAACGAAGACUAUCAGAUGACAACCAAAUCCCAACAUGUUCAGCAACACCAACAGCUCUCUGAUAAGCCAAGACAGCGAUCUACAGCUGGCGUCCAUGAACUGUCUUCCGGGCAAUAAAAGAAAAACAAAAGUCCAUCUUAACAAGUCAUUUAAUAUUGUGUUUUGUUCCUAUAAUAUAUAUAGAGAGAGAUAUAGAUAUAUCAUGAACUGGCUUUGUAUCACCAUGUGGAAUAUUCUCUAUGGGUUUGGUGACAUAGCAAAAGUAAAGGUUUCAUUUGCAACAUGCAGCUAAUUGCAUGGAAGAUGCAUUGUGGGAAAAGUAGGCCUAAAGGUUAUGGCUUAAAGAAACAAGGUGAGAUCAUUUCACUGGUUCUCUGUGUAGCUUCACUUGCUUUUUCUAGAAUUUCCUCGGCCGAAGUAAAAGAGUGAUAUUGUACACUUUUUUUACUACCUACCUGCUUUUUCUCUCCUUUUUUUUAUUGUUUUAAGAAAAAAAUAAUAAUUAAGGAGCAAUACAAGAUUAAAUAACGGGUUAAGGUAGAUGUUUGUUGCAGUGAACAUGUGACAAUCAGCUUCGACCACACACGACCCCCCAGGAAUCCAACAACUGUGAUUUCCCACCUAACUGUGACCAAUUUUAAGACUACAACCAUACGUUUUUUUUUCCCUUGUCAAUAACGAAGACUAUUCAGACAUGAUUUACAGUGAUACUCUCAUUUCUCAUCUCUAACUGCAGCUGUACACCACAAUUAGUGACGAUGUUUGAGUUCAAUUGUACUACUCUUGUCUUCUUCUUCUUUUUUUUUUUUUUUUUUUUGUUUUUUUUUUUUUGGGAAUUUGUGACAGUUUUCUGUUUCAUUGCUAUGGUUCCCUGAAACAGACAGAUUUCCUCAGCAAACUAGAAAUAAACCAUAUAAUUCUUCUACAAAUCACCAAGCCCAUGACUCUUCUAUGAAUAGCAUAAAUUCAAGCAAUAUACACUGAUGUGAUUUCAAGCUAUAUACAUAUUUACUACAGUCCACAAUUAGAUAUUCCCCAGUCUUUCUGGGAGUCUUUCAAUGCAUGCCGU